GUCACUGCCCAGCUGCGGGGCUUGAGCCCGGAUGAAAGUGUGAAGCUUUUGAACCUCUCCAGAAAGCAUCGGGCUUUGUGCUUGCAGGUGGCGCGUGACUCGGGCCUCUGGUCCUCCACGCAGGGCUCCUCGCUGCUGGUCCUCCGGGAAGGGCCCUUCACUGAGGAGGUCCGCAAGGAAAUUGCAAAUCUCCAGCCCGCCGCCGGCCUCCGCCUAUUGGUUUCAAAGAUUGGACCAGGCCUGGUCCUGCUCGGGCGAACGCUGACGGAUGUGAACGGCCUGCGCAUGUCGAAGGCGGCUGGACAGUGCCCGAGCUGCUGUGAGGAGUUGUCCUUGCCCGCAGAAUCACCAGCUUCUCGGAGCCUGAUGGACUUUGGAGAGGAUGAUGGCUACGAUGUCGACAUCUUCAAUGACCAAGGUAGUGAAGAAGAGCUCCAGGCUUCUGUGGAAGCUCAGCUUGCAGACCUGGCUGUGGAUGCUUAUUUCGACUAUCCUGCAGCUGCGGGGCAGGUCUUUCGCUCCUGCGUGGCACGCGUCUGCAACGGUCAUGGCUUCGAAGCGACUGGCAUCCAUGGAUUCCAGGAGCGUUUGGUAGUUGGCAACUUGGCCAACACCAUGAGCAAGCUGAAAGCUCUUUCUGCUGAACCUGGGGAGCGCAAAGAUGACCCAUCUACCGGCACAUCUGGCACAGUUGA